AUGUUACCUUCACUGCGCUCGAGUUCAAAGCACCUGCAGGUUGCUUUAAUAACGACCUUUGUGCAUGAAACGCAAGAAGUUUCCGACCUAUACCAGGUCGUAGAAGCGAGCGACGAGGCCUCGAGCGUCUCAUCAGACCAGCACCCGUCGCCACGGCCUGCAUUAUCCGGCAACGCCGCUCCCAUCACAGAUCCCAUUGACGCCUUUUUUCUCUGGCGAUAUGUCGACUUCAUCGGUCCACGCUUCGACAUGUUCGACGAUGCACCUCGAUAUUUCUCCACAGUCGUGCCGCAGCUCGCUCUAAACGACGAACUUGUGUUGCUAGCCUGUGUCGCGGUUGCAGCUCGCCAGUACUCCCUCGCCAAUGAACAACAACAACAAAGUCACGAGCAGGCUUUGACAUACUACAACGCGGCUAUCAAUCUGCUGUCCAAGCGGCUACAGAACAGUGGGCCCGACCCUGCGGUAUUCGCGAGUUGUCUGCUUGUAGCGCACUGUGAGAUGGUGGAGAGCAAGGCCACGGAUUGGGGCCUGCACCUCAAGGGGACAGGAGAUCUUAUCAAGAUGCAUGGUUGGCAUGGGGCGAGCGGUGGCUUGGCACAGGCUUCAUUCUGGAUUUACUGCAGGAUGAUUAUCCUUGCCUCUCUCUGUUCCGGCAAGCCGAUAGCAUUAGGACCCAAGGAAUGGAUCCCUGGGGGGGUGUUCCCUGAUCCAGCCACGUGGACGCUCGAACUAUGGCAGAAAAAGGUCGUUUUUCUUCUCGGGAUGGUUCACGAUUUCAGGAGUCGCACCCCCGAUGACAUAAACGAGCACGCUGUACAAUUUCACGCUGCCCGAUGGAAGGAGCUUGAAGCUGAGCUGGUGCGCCACCAGAGCCAAGCGCCAGCUGUGUGCUCACCUCUCAGUAUUCUACCUCCGAAAGGAGAGGAUAAUCCCUUCCAGUCUGUGCGUUACUUGAACGGUUCCGUGUCCGCCUCGUGGCAAAUGCUGCAUACUGCGUUUCUCAUUCUCACCAUUUGCACACCUUGCUCGCAUGCGAGUCGCCUAUCAGUCCUCUCCAGUUCCGACGUGACUUCCCAAGCGCAGACUUACGCACGUCAGAUUGUCUCCAACUCGCUGGCGAACCCAUGCUCCAUCGCAUGGGCGAAUGCCGUCCAACUCCUUACAAUUGCGGGUCAGUGUCUCGUGGUAGAGCCGGAGCGGAAAGCAUGCGUCCGCAUUCUGCGAGAUAUCCAGCAACAAACGGGCUGGAACACGCGGGCAAGCGUCGAUAGACUUGGCGCAGCGUGGGACAAUAGUUGGAGAUAUGACUCCUUGGGGAGGCACGCGGCGGUCAGACAAGUUGAUGCUGGGAAGCUGCUGUAUUAUGUCUGGCUUGGCCAGGAAAGAAGUCCAAGCUAA